UGGUGUAAGCAUGCCUUUUCUUUUUACCCUAAAUGUGAUACAUUGAUGAAUAAUAUCUCAGAGUCUUUUAAUGCUACCAUUCUAGCUGCUAGGGACAAACCUAUACUCACAAUGUGUGAGUGGAUAAGAAAAUAUCUGAUGAAUAGGUUAUCCACCUCUGCAAGUAAACUAGAAAAUUGGCCACAUAAGGUGAUGCCAAUACCUAGGAGAAGGUUAGAUAAUGAGGUGUUCAAUAGUGGUCAUUGGUUGCCAACAUGGUCAAUUGCUGAGACUUUUCAGGUUACACAUAGUUACAACACACAUGAAUUUAUUGUUGACAUUGCUAAAAGGUCAUGUAGUUGUAAUUUUUGGGAAUUAGUAGGAAUUCCAUGUAGGCAUGCUGUAGCUGCUCUGAGUUAUAGAAAGCAAAACCCUGAUGAAUUUGUUGAUGCUUGUUACACAAGAGAAAAGUUUGCACUAUGUUAUGGAUUUUCAGUAAGUCCAAUCAAUGGUCAAGAUAUGUGGCCAGAAGUUGAGAUGGAACCACCUCUACCACCUGCAUAUAAAAAUGGUCCUGGUAGACCUAAGAAGAUUAGGAUAAGAGAAAGUGGAGAGGAUGGUGCAAGGAAGAGAAGAUCUGGUGUUGCAUAUAAGUGCACCAAAUGUGAUAAUUUUGGUCACAAUGCUAUGACUUGUAAGGCUACCACUCAGGAUCCCAAUGCACUUAAAAGAAAGAGAAAACCUAAAAAAGGACAUGUGCCAACUGCAACUGAUAUGCCAACUGCAAAUGAUAUGCCAACUGCAUCUGAUAUGCCUGCCCCAACUGCAACUGAUAUGACUGUUCCAACAAAUGUGCCUGUUCCAACUGAUCCACAGCCUCCAACUGAUAUGCCUGUUCCAACUAUUAUGAGUCAAACAGGAUCUAGUGUGGCUGCCUCAAUCACAAAACAAUCCAGAAAAAGGGUUGAAAAAAAACCUAUCAUCAAAAGAAGGCAAAGUGAGAGGAUCAAGUUGAGUUGGUUUAAAAGACCCAUAACAGGUGAAGGAAUAUCUAGUGACAAACCAAUUACCCUACCAGAAAAUGAAGACAUACCCACUUCAAAAUGAGGGACUGAUUAUUAUGUUUCUGCUAUGUAUUUUGUAAUCCUUUUGGAAAACUCUU